AUGAAAUUUAAAUUAGUCGCUUUGCUUCUUUCCGUAAUAUUAAUCCACAACAUCAACGGGAAUCCGACAACGAAAUUAAUCAACAGCGAAGAUAACCACGACACUACAAUAAGAAUUCUGCUUCACGCCAAUCCCUUCUAUAAACGAAACACACCCAUAGAACAUUUACAAGCAAUUGAGAAACGCAAUAAAGAUCGCGAAAACAGGAAACACAACAAAAAGAAAAAAGCUGCACGACUUCCAAUAAACGCGGUAGGAAACAACAACCAGUGGAUUGGUGAUGUCCACAUCGGCACGCCUCCUCAAAAGUUCACGCUUGAGUUCGAUACCGGCUCUUCGGACCUAUGGGUGGCUUCGGUAUUUUGUGCAAAAGCUAUGUGUGACGGCCAUAAUUUAUAUGAUCCGCACAAGUCUUCUACGUAUCAUGACUUGAAGACUAAAUGGGAUAUGAGAUAUUUAGAUGGAUCGAAUGUGAAUGGGUUUCUCGCAAAAGAUACCUUGCAGGUUGGUAGCAUCGAAAUCCACGAUCAGAUUUUCGCAUUGGCCACAAAUCAGACUGCCGAGUUUCAAAAAGAUGUGGUGGAUGGUGUCAUUGGAUUAGGAUUAAACACGAACACGCGAAUCGAGGGUGUAAAAACCCCACUCGAUAAUAUGAUAGAUCAAGGAUUGAUCAAGGAAGCACUGUUUUCCGUGUAUUUAGUCGAAGGGAAGAACGGCGGCGGUGGUGAAUACUUAUUUGGUGGAUAUGACAAACUCAAAAUAAAAGAUGAUGUUACAUUCGUCUCAUUAUCAUCGACACGAGAAUGGGUGAUUCCCCUAACAAAUAUCCACGUGGGCAACAACUCAAUUGAUAUCACGGGAAAUGCGCUAGUCGAUACAGGAACUUCGGUAAUUCUCUUGAGCUCCAACGCGGCCAAACAAGUGUUUCGACAAAUUCCCGGUUCGAAAAUCGUCAAAAUAAAAGGAAAUACUAUGGACGUGGAAGACCGUGGGUUUAUGAUACCGAUCGAAGAUAUUAUACUUGAAAAGAUCGAGGAAAUUCCUCAUUAUUGUUAUGCAGGUAUUCAGGCGGGCGCACCAGAUGAUAUUUGGAUCUUGGGCAGUAUUUUUAUAAAGAAACAUUAUUUGAUUUUUGAUCAAGGUCAAAAGCGAAUUGGAAUUGCAAAUCGCAUAGAUCCCUAG